UCUGGGCUUGUUCCGUAGUUGCUUUGGGUCUCUUUCAUUUGCAGGCUCGCUGAAAAUACCAAGUCAUGUCAAGCCAUUCCUCAAAAAAAGAAAAACGGUUUCUUUUUACCUCAGAAUCUGUUGCAGAAGGACAUUCUGACAAAAUGUGUGAUCAGAUAAGUGAUGCUGUUCUAGAUGCUCAUCUCACUAUUGAUCCAGAUGCCAAGGUUGCUUGUGAAUGUGUGGCAAAAACUGGAAUGAUUUUGCUUUGUGGAGAGAUCACAUCCCGGGCUAUAGUAGAUUACCAACAAAUUGUGAGAGAGACCCUUAAGAGAAUAGGGUAUGAUGACUCUUCUAAAGGAUUGGACCAUAAGACUUGCACAGUUUUAGUGGCCUUAGAACAACAGUGUAAAGAGAUCAAGCAUGCUGUCUCCCAUGGCAAGAGCGAUGAUGACAUUGGAGCAGGGGAUCAGGGUUUGAUGUUUGGCUAUGCCACUGAUGAAACUGAGGAAUGUAUGCCCUUAACAGUCCUCCUGGCACACAAGCUUACUGCAAGGAUAAAGGAUCUGGAACGAAAUGGAACAUGGCCCUGGGUUAGACCAGAUGGGAAAACACAGGUCACUAUGGAGUACAAGGAGAGUGAUGGAGCGGUAGAACCUAUCCGAGUGCAUACAGUUGUGAUCUCAGUACAUCAUGCUCCAGAUAUACCUCUACAACACAUACAGAAGGAGCUAAUGGAGAAAGUUGUCAAAGAAGUCAUUCCAGAGAAGUAUCUUGAUGAAGGCACGAUUUAUCAUCUCCUUCCAAGUGAGAAGUUUGUAGAAGGUGGUCCUAAGAGUGAUGCUGGUCUGACUGGCAGGAAGAUCAUUGUUGAUACCUAUGGAGGUUGGGGAGCCCAUGGUGGAGGUGCUUUCUCUGGAAAAGACCCUUCCAAAGUUGAUCGUUCUGCAGCAUAUGCAGCUCGAUGGGUCGCAAAAUCUCUGGUGAAAGCUGGUCUCUGUAAAAGAGUAUUAAUCCAGCUAUCAUACGCUAUUGGUCUGAGUCAUCCUCUUGCGAUCUCGGUGUUUCAUUAUGGAACCUCAGACAGAUCUGAAGAAGAGCUGCUUGAGAUUGUACAGAAAAACUUUGAUCUACGCCUUGGAGCUAUCAUAAGGGAGCUGGAUUUGAAGAGGCCAAUCUAUCAAAAAACAGCAUGCUAUGGGCACUUUGGAAGAGAAGAAUUUACAUGGGAGAUACCCAAAAAGCUUGUGUAUUAAGCUUUUCAGAAUGCUUCAUGUAAUUGACAGGUUGUUUAACAAUCAGAUACAAUUUCAAGCUGUUCAUAUAAAGACUGUACCUACUCUUGUUUUGAAAUGACACUGUGUGGCUAACAGAUGUACUAAAAAUCAUAUGUAUUCAAAUUCUAA